AUUUGACAAAGUGCGAAAUACAAUUUUCCACGCCGAAAAACAAUAUUAAGAAACAAAUUUUUUAAUGUUUCUAAAGUUCCUAAGUGCUCUUCAAAUAUUCAUUAACCCUUCAGUUAUUAUGGUGGAUAUUAGCAUGACCGGCCAAGUGAUUUUGGUUCCAAUGCACACAGACGCUAUCCGCAGUGCUCGCUGGUAAAUGUGAAUACCAGCAGCGCGCGCGAUGCGAGCCACGUGCUCCUGCCAACCACGUACGGUAGCAUAAGCUACCAACGUUCAUUACAGCAAGCAUCAAAGCAGAAUUUUGCUUUAUUUUGUUUAUUUUUAAUAGAUAGAGCUGUGUUUGUGUAUAAAAUGUCCAAUUCACGGCCACUAACUCAAGCGGAGUUAGAAGAAAUUGUGGCAAAUAUAAGCAAUCAAGAAUACUGUGCUUCUGACUAUGGCGGUGAUGAUGAUGCAGAGGAUGACUUGCCAUGAAGUGGGGGUUUCACCACUUCAUCCAGAUCAUCUUCAGUAUGAUUGUCUUCAGGUUCACCUGCGGUUCUUCUUGAUUCUCAGCCUGGUCCAUCGUACACAACUGGCUUGAGAAAAAAAUUACUUGCAGAGAUUCCGCCACAAAGUAUGACUGAGAGCGAAGAUGAGGACUACCAUGAUUCCGAUGCAGACCCGGACUUCGAUCCAAAUGAUCCAGAUGGUCCACCAAAUAAAAUUGCCAAGUUUUUUCCUCAGGAUAAUGAACUGUCCUCCGAGAAUGAAGACGAAAACGAAAUAUCUUCUGCUGGUAAAACUACAUUUUUGUGGUCUAAAAAAUCUAACCAAAUGUUACGAUUCGAUACUUACAAUUUCACGGAGUCUUCUGCUGUAAAUAUUCAGGUGGAUUCAAACAAACCAAUCGAUUUUUUCAAAAUUUAUUUUGACGAAAAUAUAUGCCAAAAUGAAUCAAAGUGAAUCAAAUUUAUAUGCUAAUCAACAAAAAACUCAAUUAGAAUUAGGUUCCGAAGAACUUGAUGCAUUUUUUGGGAUACUUAUUGUCAUGGGUUUUCACCGCCUGCCCACGUUGAGAUCCUAUUGAUCUGCUAAUUUAAUUUUUUUUGUUGAACGUGUUGCUAAAGUGUUCACACUCAAGCGAUUUCUAAAGAUCCUUAGAUACCUUCAUUUGAACGACAAUCAAAUAAUGCCUCAACCUAAUAUCCCCAAUUUUGAUAAAUUGUUCAAAAUUAGACCAUUAUUGGUUCAUCUUUCCAAUGCAUUCCAAACUGCAUUUACACCCUAUCGGCAUCUAUCAAUCAAUGAUAGUAUGUGCCCCUUCAAAGACGAACAAGUUUGAAGCAAUACCUUCCUAUGAAGCCUAUAAAACGAGGUUUCAAGAUAUGGGCGUUGGCAUGCUCCAAAACAGGUUAUCUUGUAAACUUCCAGAUUUACCAAGGCAAGGGUGAGUCAUCAUCGACUGAAAUGUUGGGGGAACGUGUUGUUCUUGAAUUGUCAAAAAAUUUUCAAAAUCGCGGCUAUUGCAUCUAUUUUGACAAUUUCUUUACAACGAUUGCUCUUAUGCAGAAAUUAUUAGACAGAGGCCUAUUUGGUUGUGGAACUGUCAGGCAGAACAGAAAGAAUUUCCCAAAACACAUGUUGUGUACAGUUAAGGAAUUAUCUCAAAACCAAUCAGAUUCGGUUGCCUCGGGAGAAAUAUCUGUAUACAAAUGGAAAGAUCGGGGUGUCAAAAGCGUAGCUGUUGCUAGUAAUCGACAUAACUUCCUGGAAAAAACAGAAGUUUUACGCACCAACAAAACAGGUCAACGGGAUAAUGUAACGUGUCCCAAAGCUAUCGCGGAUUAUAACAUCCAUAUGGGAGGCGUUGAUCUGUUCGACCAAUAUCAUGAAAAUUAUUCCACAUCAUGGAAAUCCCGAUGGUGGUGGAUAAAAUUUUAUAUAUACAUAUAAUAGUAAAUAGUUAUGUUCUCUACAAGGAAACACUUAAAUCAAAAAACCCUAGUGCAAAACAGCUUUACAGUUCCGUAGCGAACUAGCGAAUGAACUUAUUGGAACAUUUACUCAAAGAAAAAAGCCCGGACCUCAAAAAACGUAAACGCAAUCGAAUAUAGGUUCCCAUCUUGCAACUAAAGGAACGUAUCGCCGCUGUGUACUGUGCAGUUCUUAAAAAAAGAAACAAACUCGCUCUAAUAUUAUAAUUUGCAAAACUUGUAACGUUGCAUUAUGUAAG